GCUGCUCGCGUUUGAUGAGGGGCGCAGGGGACGCGGCUGGAGGGUGCGCGCUACUGUUGCAUCGCCUAACCGGAUAACCACUGCUAUCUCAUUCUGUCAGUCUGUUCCUCCCCGGUUUUCUGUUAUCUUUUUAUAUUUUUAGUUACCGAUUUAUGGGUUUGCAGGAGGGGGACUCUUUUGACGAUCGAAAUAAGUGGAUAAAGGACCCGACCUUGCGUGUGCGUGUGCGUGGAGUGCGUAUCAUUUCUUCUGAUUCCCCUGUACGCGCAAGCUGCUUUUUUCAUUCUAGAGAGGCAAUGCGCCCACCCAUGCGAUGCUAGCCUAUUAGCUGGAGAGAGAGAGAGAGAGAGAGAGAGAGAGAGAGAGAGAGAGAGAGAGAGAGAGAGAGAGAGAGAGAGAGAGAGGGAAAGAGAGGGAGAGAGGUUUCAGCCCUGGAUUCGAGAGGAGGCUAAUUUACGAGUCUUGUUUUGCCUUUCAGGAAAAGGGGAGAUAAGAGGGGGAGGGUGGUUGGUAAAGGAGAAUGCAGCAAUCACAUUUUUAAGAAUGCAGAAGCGGGCCGUUUCCGGUUCCUAGGCUGGUGUGUCCCCCCAUCCGAGGCCAGCAGCCGUAUGGGGAAAGCAGCGGCAGACACAGAUGGCAUGGACACUUCCACAAGGUCUGCCGCUCUGCCCUGCCUGCUCUGCCGGAGCCCGUUCGCCGCCGUCUCUCUCUUCCAGCUCGCUCCGCCGCCCAGCAGCACUGCAGCACAGCACAGGCUGACGGCAUGAGGCUUGAUCCAGUCCAUUUCUCCAUGCUGGUCAUCGGGGUCUCCUUCGCCUGUUACGCCCCGAGUCUCAACUCCCUCCAGGACCAGGCGUACCGAUCCGCCGUGGUCAUCGAGGGCGAGGUGCGCUCCUCCCCGGAGAACGUCUCCUCCCGGGAGCCCUACAGUGUGAAUGUCAAAGUGCUGGACGUGUGGCCCGUCAACAGCGGCGGCCUCGAGAGGGAGCAGCUCGUGACCGUCGGGGACUUCGGUUCCGAGGCCCCGUGCACCACGGUGGAGAAGGACCACAGAUAUAUAUUUUUCAUGGACCCCACCGCUGAGCCCUUGGUAUUCAAGGCAUCGUACGCCCCCGUGGACGCCAGCGAGCCGGAGUUGAAGAAGGAUGUGGAGAGAGUGUUGUGCGAGGACUGCGCCUCUGCUCCUAAGCUCCGGCUGAUGCGAGGCCAGUCUCUGGUGGAAGGGGACAAGCUGUACUUGAAGUGCGAGGCGUCGGGGAAUCCCAGCCCUUCUUUCCGCUGGUACAAAGAUGGACACGAGCUUCAGAAAGGCAGAGACCUCAAAAUAAAGACCAACAAAAAAAACUCAAAGGUGCAGAUCAGUCGUGUCCGUGUGGAAGACUCUGGGAACUACACCUGUGUGGCUGAAAACUCACUAGGACAAGAAAACGUCACAAGUAUAAUCAGCGUGCAGAUCUUGACCACCACCACCACCCCGUCUCCAGGUGUGAGUCACGCGAGGCGCUGCAACGACUCAGAGAAGGCCUACUGCGUCAACGGAGGAGACUGUUACUUCAUACAUGGUAUUAACCAGCUGUCCUGCAAGUGUCCCAAUGACUAUACGGGGGACCGCUGUCAAAACUCCGUCAUGGCCGGUUUCUACAAGCUUCUCAGAAUUGAAUUUAUGGAGGCGGAGGAUCUCUACCAGAGGCGGGUGCUGACGAUCACAGGCAUCUGUGUGGCGCUGCUGGUGGUUGGCAUCGUCUGUGUGGUGGCCUACUGCAAAACCAAGAAGCAGAGGACGAAGAUGCACAGUCACCUACACCAGAACCAGAAUCAGUGUGUGGAGCAACCCAACCGCAUGCUGGCCAACGGACCCAACCACCCCGGGCCCGGCCCCGAGGAGAUCCCCAUGGUUGACUACAUCUCUAAGAGCGUCCCUACGACAGAGUGUGUGAUCAGUCAUGGAGCUGAGGGUGCAGGCAACUACGCAGGCAGCCGGAUGUCUACCCGCUCCCACCACUCGACCACUGCCUCACACGCUUCCAGACACGAGGAGCAGACGUGGAGCAUGGAGCGAACAGAGAGUAUGAACUCAGACUGCCAGUCAGGUGGGCUGUCCAGCUCUGUGGGAACCAGUAAGUGCAGCAGCCCGGCAUGCAUGGCGAGGAGGGCCACCCACUGGGGCUGCACGGACAUGUCCGGGCCGGGAAUGCAGUACGGGGAUUCCUACGACUCUCUAAGAGACUCGCCUCACAGUGACAGGUAUGUGUCGGCGCUGACCACGCCAGCACGCCUGUCCCCGGUGGAGUUCCACUACCCCCCGUUGCCGCCGCAGAUGCCCACCUUCCAGAUCACCUCGCCGAACACAGGUCACGCCCUCUCCCUGCCCCCUGCUGCAGCCGCCUACCACAGAGAGGACGACCAGCCGCUGCUACGAUGCCCCGAUGAUGGAAGUUUAUACAGGCAGCCCCGGCGUCCGCGGCGACCCUACCUGACGGAGAGCACAGGAAGUCUACCGUCCAGCCCCUACCGUCUCCCUGACGAUGAGGCCUACGAGACCACGCAGGAGUACGCCUCUUCGCGGGAACCCAUCCGCAGCCGACGUCGCCCGCGACGCAACCGCCUCAAUGGACACAUCUCGCAGCGUUCAGCGGGCCUACGGGACUACAGCUCACAGAGCUUCAGCCAGUCAGAGGAGGAGGAGGAAGAGGAGGAGGAAGAGGACACUCAUGGGGAGAGCACGCCUUUCCUUAGUAUGCAGAACAUGACCAUGGACCCGCCCUUAACCGUGCCGGGUUUACGUUCGUCAUCCGGUGCGGACACACGGACUCACCGCGGGCUGAGUCGGCCGGGGACACGCAGCAACGGGCAGAGCCGAGGCUCCCAGUCGCAUCGCUCUAAGGCUGACAACAUGCCCCUUUAAGACUCAACCUCCCCCCUGACACCACCCACCCCUCCACCUCACACACUCCCCUCCUCCUACACACAACCAGUGGACUAGAGACCUGCACCUAGGAGAAAUAUUUUUAUUUUGUAUAACAGACAGAUAUUCUAAACAAAUGAAAUAUUUAUUUUCAUUUCAGCAAAAAUUGUCUACUAGCUAACAGCAAAGACUUUUUUUAUAACGGGGGGGAAAUAUUUAUAUGUAAAGUUUUUUGAUUUACAGCAUUAUGAGAGAUGAAAAAAUAAGAGAAUUACGUGCCAAUUUUUUCACAAGUUAGAUAAAUAGAAUAAUAUUGUGGUGCCUUUUGCUGUAUGCUGAAGUCGGAGGUCCCAUUGAGUUUUUGUAGCCUUUCUUAUAAAGACUCCUCGUUUUUAUAGAGACCAACCCUCUUCCUUCCUUUUGCUUUGGUUUUUUCUCUGAUUUGGGAUCUUCCUCUUUUUGAACUGUGAUCUGAUUAUGUCAUCAUGCAAUAUUGAUUCCUCCUGUGUAAAAGGUGUCUGUUUACAUGAGUAUGAUCCACGCAAUGCGCUCGUUUCACAGGGACAUUAGUCAUUGACGCAACCGGAAGUGUAGGGUAGUUUUUCUCGGAUGAUUUUUGGAUGAAUCACAUCAGCCAUUCAUGUCCUCGUUCGCUGCCUGUCAGUCAUUUGUUGUUAUUUCUGUGAAAACAAGAGUGUUAGGGAGUUGUUGAGGGGAACUAACUCCAGAUUCCUGUGUAGGUGUUCAGGGUGCUGCCAUGACAUUGAUGGUGGUUGCAGUGUGUGUGUCUGUGUGUGUGUGCGUGUGCGUGUGCGUGCGUGUGUGUGUGUGUG